CCAUUCUAUCUUAGGGACCACAUAUUAAUUCCUUUAUAAAUAACAAAAUACAUCAAGAUUAUUGAUCUCUCUAGCUCUCAUUUUCCCCUCAUUCAACAAAAAAAUGGCCUUUAGAUUCAAGAACCAAAACCCUAAACCAUCUUCUAUAUACUCUAGCAGCCCAUUCAACCAAAUUGAAACCCCUCCUUUAUUAUCACUCCUCCAACGUACCACAAAUCAUCAUCACAAUUGUACAACAACAACGAAAACGACGACCACUACUAAUGCUACUAACACAAACACCAAAAAAUCAAGAAAAUCUUCUAGUAGUACUAGUGGUGGCAUUCUUAAAAUGUUCAAACUCCUUCCUAUGUUAACAACCGGUUGCAAAAUGGUUGCUUUAUUAGGUGGUCGUCCAAGAAAUAAACCAAUGUUAACUGAUAAAGCCACAACAAUUACAUUAUUUGGUUACAAAAAAGGUAGAGUUAGUCUAGCUAUUCAAGAAGAUCCUCAUAGACCUCCGAUUUUCGUUAUCGAGCUACCGAUGGUUACCGGGGUUUUUCAUAAAGAAAUGGCAUCAGAUAUCGUAAGAUUGGCAUUAGAGAGUGAAACGAAGACACAUAAAAAGAAAGUUCUUGAGGAAUUUGUAUGGGGUGUUUAUUGUAAUGGAAGGAAAUUUGGUUAUUCAAUAAGGAGGACUAAUAAAAAUAUGAGUGAUGAUGAAGCUCAUGUUAUGCAAUUAUUAAGAGGUGUUUCAAUGGGUGUUGGAGUUCUUCCUUGUCCACUAUUACAACAUGAUAACAAUAAUCAAAGUGUUGAUGGGGAAAUAACUUAUAUGAGGGCAAGAUUUGAUAGGGUGGUUGGAUCAAAAGAUUCAGAAGCAUUUUAUAUGAUUAAUCCUGAUGGUGCAUCUGGUCAAGAAUUGAGUAUUUUCUUCGUAAGACUUCACUGAUUAGAAGUUUCGAGUUUGAUUCAAGAAAAGGAAAAAUCUUAUAUGGUAACCAUAUAGGGAAUAUUUUACUUUUCGUGUCCGAAUUUCUUAUUGUAGUUCUUGAUUGGUGAUUUUUUUUUUAAUUAUAUGGACUUGGGUAUAGUAAUUGGUUCCUCACUUCAUGACUAAGUUUUUGGAGUUAAAGUUAGAGUACUUAAUAUCGAUUUCUUUCCUAUAGUGCUAUCAGAGACAUGCCCUAUUUCAAUUUGUUGAUUUAUCCGCUGUUGGGCCGUCCACCAUAUUAAUUAUGUUGUCUACACUCCAAUUAGUUGGGGUGUACGAGGAUGUCAGAAUUUCCCAUAUUUGUUUUUAAUCGGUGAUUCGAUUAUUUCGUUAAUGA